AUGUCGAUUACAAGAACUCUCCGGGCACAUCUACCUUUCCCUCAAUUAGCACUACCUCGACCGUCCGGACUCCUAUUCCGACCCCGCUUCCUGACGACCGCGAGCAUGUCUGACCCCGCGACUCGCCGCCUGCAAAGGCCGGUCAUUUUCGUCUGCGACCUCCAAGACAAGUUCCGCAACGCAAUCUUCGAAUUCGACAAGGUCGUAAAGACAACCUCCAAGCUCCUCCGCGCCGCAGACACACUCAAGAUCCCAGUCUACACCACGACCCAGAACCGCGCCCGCCUAGGCGACACCGUCACCGAGCUCGCGCCCUUCCUCCAAGAAUCGGACCUCGUGCGCCCGCCCGUGGACAAGACCAAGUUCAGCAUGUGGGUACCCGAGAUUGCUGCGCAGUUCGAGGGGAAGGGGAAGCACGAGGUGUUGAUCGUGGGCAUCGAGUCGCAUAUCUGCGUGACGCAGACGGCGCUGGAUUUGUUGGCCGAGGGGCAUAAGGUGUAUGUGCUCGCGGACGGGGUGAGUAGCUGUAACCGCGAGGAGGUGCCGAUCGCGCUGGCGAGGUUGAGGGGGGAGGGGGUCACGGUGACGACGAGCGAGAGCGUGAUUUAUGAGAUGAUGGGGGAUGCGGCGCGGCCCGAGUUUAAGAGCGUUGUCGGGUUGGUCAAGGAUACGGGGAAGGAUACGAAAGAGGUUUUGCAGGCUUUGGCGCCCAAGAUUUAG